UUUCCAUUCCAGCAAGAAACAUUGUUACACCGCGACGGGCGCCCUGAAUCAUGUCAUCCCACCUCUCUCCCUUCCGUUGGAUUUCUUGCCUUCUUUUACAGUCGACGACGAGCUCGACCUGUCGUUCAAACUCGAGCUUGCAUCGUUCGAGAAGAUGCCCUUCACUCUGCCCCGUGGCCUAGGGCCUCUGAGGCUUCUUAUCGUCUUCUGCCUGGUGGCCUCCGUUUUCUUCUUCCGGUCUUACCUGCUACCAGCCUCUGAUGCAUCCCACUUCAACCUCGCCCCAGCUGCGAACUCCUGGUGGCAUGGCCCAAACUCGGGUUAUUCCGACCUGAGUGAUGUCGAUACCGAACAAGAUUAUGCUCAAGCUGAAGAUCUCGGUUUGAUCUCUGAAAUCACCGACUUCGAAGAUCCUGCCGUCCCCUCGCCUGCCUCUUCCACACCUGAAGCCACCCAUAAACCUGCAGCAGCGCCAGGACUAUUCUACAAGCCCUUCGAUGCUUCCAUGCCCGCCUGCCGACAACUACCAGGCGCAGAUAAAGUCGUCAUCAUCGUCAAGACUGGUGCCACCGAGGUUUUUGCCCGGCUUCCGGAGCAGCUUAUCACUCUGGCAGAAUGCGUUCCAAACCUCAUGAUCUUUUCCGACAUGGAACAAGACCUGGGACAUUUCCAUCUGUACGAUGCAUUGGACGAAAUUGGGGAAGAAUACAGAAAACAUCACGAGGACUUUGAGUUCUACCAUAACAUCCACAGAGCCCAUGCCAUGCACGGCGACGUCAGCGUGCUUGGAUCGGAGAAAGGCUGGAACCUGGACAAGUGGAAGAAUAUCCCCAUGCUGCACAAAGCCUACACGAAAUACCCCAACGCUGACUGGUAUAUGACUAUUGACGCCGAUACGUAUCUUGGCUGGACGAAUCUUCUUCUCUUACUUAGUCAACUGAACCCCGAAGAACCGCUCUACUCCGGCUGUGUCUACUGGCACGGCCCUACGCAAUUCGCUCAAGGCGGCACUGGGUAUCUCUUGUCUCGGAAAGCCGUCGAGAACCUUGAGGCGAUCCGCACUCCAGAGAAGAUCGUGGAGUGGGAAAAAGAAACGUCCACAAUCUGCUGCGGCGACGUCAUGCUCGGUGUCGCCAUGGGCCAAGCUGGUGUCCCUGUUCGAGGAGCCUGGCCCAUGUUCCAAGUCGACCCACCCUGCGCACUCAGCUGGACCGAUCGAUAUUGGUGCACUCCCGCAAUCACCUGGCACCAUGUACACACUUAUGACAUUCAGGAUCUCUGGGAAUUUGAGAAAACAUGGAUCAAUCAGACGUGGAAUGACGACAAGCCUGGCUCGGUGCCCUAUUUGUACAAGGACGCUUUUGAGUACUUUGUCCAGCCUAACAUCGCACAGAAGAAGUCCGAUUGGAACAAUUACUCUGGCGACAAGACAUUUACCGAACCAUCCGAGGAUCAUGUCAAGGAAGACAACGACUGGGAUUGGAAGAAUGAUGACGAAAAACAACAACUCUGGGACGACCUAAACGAGAUCCAAAAACAGUCUACCGAAUCUUUCGAGGCCUGUCAAACUGCGUGCAUGGAUGAUGGUGGUUGCUUGCAAUUCGCCUGGCAUCCCGGCACUUGCAAAUUGAACUAUUCCGUCAGAAUGGGUCACGCAAUCGAGCCGAAGGAAGAAUACUCGUCCGGUUGGAUCUUGGAAAGAGUUGAAGCCUUCAAGCAGGGCCAGGGAACUUGUGAGCAAGCUCGAUUUGAGAUUGACUGAAAAACUGCGACCCAGAAGUGAGCAGAAAGCUCUUCACCUCUCACGAACUACCUCGGCCUGUCCAUUCGCGGCUGCGCAAUCGCUCACGAACAAUGGCUUUGCCCAUGUUGGCGGCUGAUGGCACCAAUCCGUCGACGAAAAGGAUCUGAACGACGAUCGACGUCGUAUCUAGUCUUGUUGAAGCGACGCCCGAGCUUCCCGUCACACAGCCGAAACGCGCCAGGCUGUCCUAUGAACGCAGACAGGUUACGAGCGGAUCAUGGCUGAAAAUCUCCCCUCUCUCCUUCCACUAUCUCCAUAUUGCAGUGGGGCGGGAUAUUCGAGGACCUCCGAAGCGAACGUGACUGCCCGGUCCUGAGGUACGACAACCAACACUUCACUACCUUCGCAUGAUGCACAGAGUGAGCACAUGCUAUAUUCUUUUGACGAUCUAGACUUUUCAUGAUGAGGAACGGAGAUCUAAUAGUAUAGAGAGAUUGACGACGAAUUUAGACUUAGACUACUUGAUGAUACCAGAGAAGAUUUCCGGCUGGCGUUUUCAGAAUCUCAGCGGAAGGGGAUAUCGGCUUAUAUUAUUACCAUUUGUACGAUUCCAUAGGAGGGUCACAGUCACUUUGAGUUGUGGGCUUGUUUUUAUCUGCUAAGACAGUCAACAAACUGCACUACUUGUUCAAUUGUAUUCUGAAAGUUACCAGAUAUGACUGCUAGCGAGCUACCCGUAUGUCAAGUCAACGGAGUAGAUGGGUAGGGUUGUCUAUUAUCUGCUAUAGUAAACAAAGUAACGAUGG